CUGCCGCUGCCGCCCCCGCCGCCGCCGCCGCAGGCGCAGACCGCUCCGCACCCCGAGGACCUCGAGAUCAAGCCCGGCAUCGCUGAGAUGAUACGCGAGGAGGAGCGGGUAAGUGCGGAUGAUGAUACCGAGGACUCGAAGUACGGAGCGCCGGAGGACUUCGCGAAGCUGCUGGAGUCUUCUCACGCCUGGCUCGGCGCCUCCACGUCGUCCAUUGCCGGAUGGUCACGGUCCGGUGGACAGUACUCAGCAGACAGCUACCAGUACCAGCUGCAGUCGAUGUGGCAGAAGUGCUGGAAUACGAACCAGAGCCUGGUGCACAACCUGCGCUUCCGCGAGCGCGGGCCGCUCAAGUCGUGGCGACCCGAGACCAUGGCCGAGGCCAUCUUCUCCGUGCUGCGCGAGGGGCUGUCGCUGUCGCAGGCGGCGCGCAAGUACGACAUCCCCUACCCGACGUUCGUGCUCUACGCCAACCGCGUGCACAACAUGCUCGGACCUUCCACCGAUGGCGGAGCAGAUUUGCGCCCUAAAGGAAGGGGCCGCCCGCAGCGCAUACUGCUUGGAUCCUGGCCAGAGGAACACAUUCAUGGCGUCAUACGGGCUGUUGUCUUCCGUGACACGCAGCACAUCAAAGAUGAUUCGCACCUUGCGUACCCUCGCCUGGCAUCUCACACACAGGCAAGAAGGAGCCCUCUGCCAACAAAUCUUGUGUCACGCUAUGUUUCGUCACCCCUUGCUGUUGGUGGCUUCUCCCAGCACAUAAAAGAGGACCCAGAUUUAACCUAUUCACACUUAGCACAAAUGCAGGAGACCCUACAAGGCUAUGGUACCGGUACAGAAAGUGGUCCAUCUUGCACAAAUGGGCCAGAAACAACUAUGUCACCCGGUGUAGCAGCGGCCGCAGCUGUGGCCGUGAUGGCGCAAGGCCUGCGGCAGCAGAUGUGCUCUGUCGGUGCGACAGAUGCCACUGUGGCCGGCCUGGCAGGGAGCCUGGGGCUGUGCCUCCCUCCUCCACACACCCACUCACACCCAGCCACUUCCAACGGAGGAGCGAGUCCAGCAGUCUCUGGUUCACCUAGCCCACCUACUGUUCCGUCUCCACUCGCUUCUGUCGGCUUGGGUGGUGGAAUGCCAUACAAGCCACCACCGAGUUUUGCUUCCCCACGUCCUGAGACCCUCUUCCAGGAGGACAUUGAAGAGAUAGUGAAGAGUCCCAAUGUUGGCAGCUCUCCACAGAAUCUUGUCAAAGAAACAAAGGAAACUACUCCAGUGCCUGUCAAGCUUGAAUCUUCAGUGGAGGCACAAGAUGAGUGAAGCUCUAUCAAAUUUUUGGACUUGUGGUACCACUGUGUAGAAGGGUAGAUCUAGUAAAACAUCUAGAUUACUGUGUGUAUUACAGUUAAAGUUUUUUAAAAGUAUAAGACCGUUUUCUAGCCAAAAAUGGUGAGGUCCAUCAAAGACUAUUGUGGUAGCUAUAGAAUAUGGUGACAAAGAAAACACAAACCUUCCAAAAAGUAUUUAUAGAAUAUUUAAUUUUCAGAGUCCUGGUUUAUGGAUUAAAGUAGAACAACAAUUUGAGUAAUAUAUCUGUAGUAGAAAUGUUAUAUAUGACAUUAGUUCCCCACCCAACAGUACUUGAUAAGCAUUUCAUAUCAUUUCACACUACUGUAUUGGAACAAUUUUAUGUUUUCAAGGGUGUUAAAUAAAUGAAUAAAGCUGUAUCUGUUUAAAAUAUUAAUCACUGUUUUGUUAGCACUUGACCAGCAUUUAGAUUGGCAGUCAGCUCGCGUGAUGGGUGUAAUAUUUCCUUCUUACAAGUACAUACUGAUGCAAUAGUACAGUUAUGUAGUUACAGGUGUAAUCAUUGAAAUAAUAUAAUAUUACUUUCACAUAUAUAUCACGUAGUGCUGAAAUCCUUAAGUGUCUGUUUAGGAUAAGUAACAAUAGCUUGACAAAUGCACCCAAUCACGCGGGGAUUGCUUCUGUAAUCCCACUUUCUCCUUCAGCACAAAAAAAAAAAAAACUGAGAGGCUUCCAUUGUUUCCAGUACAAACGCAACACAGUGUCAGAAGAUCCCUUCACGUUUAUAGUGUACAGACCAAUCAAUGUUAUGUUCAUAUUUCUCUCGUUUAGAAAAAUACCAAAGUUAUAAUGAUUGUUAUGUGUACCAAGUGAUUAUCUCAUGAUAUUUUGUAUCAUUAUUACAUAUGAAAUCACUGUGGCCAAACAUUGCUUACAGUUACACACUUUAUCUUGUUUUUGUUUAAUGUCAUAUACAGAACCCUAAUCAACAAAAAGAAUUAUUUAUUAAUUAUUCAUGUAACAUUAGUUUAUAUAUUUUUAAUCAGAGUAAGUGUAGAUAGAGAACUGAAUAAAGUGUUUUGCCAACAUAUAUUACAGGGAAAUGAAAAUUGCGGUUGUUGUUGGAGGUUUAUUAUCAAGAAUCUAUUACAAAAUGUUCUCACAAAGUGAGCUAACAAGAUCUUAAUUAUGACUUCAAGAAAGGAUUGAUAUAUAAAUAUAUAUAGCAUAUAGACCUGUUUAUAUUUUGUGAAUAUAGGAAGAGUGACAGUGAUAAAAGAGUGUAUAUUAUCACCGCUACAAGUGUCGGUGUCUGUUUAGUGUUUGUAUCCUCAAUGUGUGUAUGUUGUGUGUGGGACAUCCCCACUUAAUCUGAACAAUCUGCAUUGUGCAUCAUGUUAUUAUUGUCUUAAUUUUGUCCUUCCUUGUAAAUGCCAGUAUAGCCUAGUCAGGUGUAGAUUAAAAUGUAUCACAAACACACAAACAAACAAAAAAAUACCAAUACAUACUUAUUUUUGUGAUUUGUUUGUUUAUUGAAGAAAGAUAUGUACAAAAUUUAUAUUGAUAGUAAAAGUAGAAAAUUAUUUGGAAAUACCUUCCUGCCAUUGGGGUAUGCCAAGAUUGAAAUAAUAAAAUUGUUGACACAACCACACAAAAACAAAGUGAUAAUUGAGAAAUUACAAAGAAGUGGCCUUGAAAUUCAUUUUGCUUAUAAAAUCAGUUUAAGGAAUUAAGAAAAUAGCUGUGAAAAGAAAGACACAAUGCAGUGAAUUUGUAGGCAACCAUAUUCUUGAUAAAUGAAUUUUUGCAAACAUAUUUGUAUUACUAGUGGACAUAAGCAAUUUUCAUAGCAUUCAUCAAAUCGUGCCUAGCUCAUAACAGUGAAUGUUCUCGGGAAUAGGUUGUACUGCAAAGUUCACAAUAACAUCAUGUAAGUAGCAAAGAAUGUCCAUUGUUGUUAAUACUCUUGGCUUAAAUGUGUUCAAAAAGUAGUGAAGUGCCUUCCAGUUUUCUGACUAUUUGAUUAUGUGAUGUACCAUCAACACAUUUUAGUAAAUUUUUAGUAAACUGUCAGGAACGCCAAAAUUAAAUGGCUUUGUUUCAGUAACAGGUAUCACCCUAAAUGGCAUGUUUAGUUAAUAUCUGUAACCUUCAGUUUUAUUUGGGUUAAGGGAUAUACGGCACUGAACUGUUAAACGUAUGACACACAUAGAGCUAAAUAGUAGAGUAGAUACCAUGAUGCAAUAAGUAAUAUCAUGUACAGUAUAUCAAUUAGCAUUAUGUAGUCAGACACAGAACCAGGACGUGACACACUAAAGCUCUCUGGCUUGGAUCCACUUAUUGACAGUAAGCUUCAUGCACACAGGUCUGACGCAACAGUUUCUUAAGUAAUGCUGUUUGUAUAGCAGAAUUAACUUCCAUGAUUAGCUGUGACUGUAUCAUUGUUAAUUUAGUGUGUGGUGGCAUUAAUCUGCUCCUGAGCCAGUUCAAAAAUCACUGUGAUUCCAAAUAUGUCACUGUGUGUUGUGUACGGCGAGCAAAUAUUUUAUUUUCAUUUAAUGGACAAUGUAAUUGUUAUAAAUGGGUUAUGAAAACAUCAUUACAACAUAAAUCAACAAUUUUCAAAUAUUUCUUCUGUGUACUUGAAAAAAGUAACAGAUGUUUCUAAUGUUAUAUCAUGCCAUACUUUACUGUUUUUGAUGUUGCUGAAAAUUAUAAAGAUAUUGAUGUGGUAGUGAUAAAAACUUACUUUUCUGUUAGUUACAUUUCAGUAUGAGUUUCACUUCGUAUUGCUUUUUUGUUGAUCAUUGGCAAGUUUAAUGUGUGGGAGUAACAUGUUGUUAAGUUAAUUAUUUUCAGUUUUGUUUCAUCCAAUGUAAGUUAAACCAUAUAGACACACAUAAUCUUGGCUCCACAGUUGUAUUUUCUACUGCUAUUUGUAUGUGAAAUGUAAUAUAGUAUAUUGUAUCAACAUACAUUUGUACUAAAUAGACAUUGAUGUAUUCUGAUGUCCUUUUUGGUUUAAUAUUUUGUUUACAUGGUUUUUUGAGUGCCAAAGAUAAUUUUCUUAACAACUUUAUUUAGGCAUGUGUGUUUGACUUACAUAUAUGUAUGUACAAGAAUGAAUUUGCUUAUCUUUCCUUAGAGAAAAUUAUGGUAAUGCAUUCCUUUGCUGAGUAAGCAUGAAGAUAUGUGAUCACUGGAGUACAUAAUUUUAUGCUGUUCUCUUUUCUAGUUUCACGUUCCCACAGAUGGACAAACAAAUGUAAGACUUUAAUUCCUUGCACGUAACAAAAUGCUGCAUAUAAUGGAUGAUCCUAUCUUAUUUAGACACAUUAUGUUGGCAAAACUGGAGUCAGAUUUCUUAACAUCUAAAUGUGGAACUUACGGACAGUGAAUAGUAACAAUUGUUCUGCAUUUAGAGAGUAUAAUAUGCAGUUUUCCCAGCAUGUCAACUUAUUUAUAAGAUAUUUACAUAUUACCUCCCUUUCCCAAGUCUCACCCAGAUCAAUCACAGUCUAGAUAUAACAUAUGUGCUCCUUUAAGUUUGCUAAUGUCACAGUGUACUGGUGUAUUCAA